AGGCGGAAGUCGUGACCCUCAGUUAUGGCGACGCAGACAGGGAAGUAAACAGAAACCGGCGAAGAGUACAAAGCGAAGUGGGCGAGAUUCAAAAUAAAGGAUACACUGCGACUGAGAAGAGAAGCUAAGAUUCCUGCACGCGGAAGGAGAGCCGCCGAGGUGCGGAGGUCCGUCAUGAGCUUCAGCCGCUCUCUGCCCGACUCCCUGGCUGACACGGCCCCUUUCCUCUCCCAGCCAGAUGAGACGGAGGUCGUCGGGGAGCGGCCCACCGAGCCGCAGGACCUGGACGAUGCGCCGCCCAGCGGUGUGUCCAAGCAGAGGGCUUGGCUGUGCGUGGCAGUGCUCUGCUAUGUCAAUCUGCUGAACUACAUGGACCGGUUCACAGUGGCAGGGGUGCUUCCUGACAUCGAGAACUUCUUCAACAUUGGAGACAGUAACUCUGGUCUUCUGCAGACAGUGUUUAUCUGCAGCUACAUGGUGCUUGCGCCGGUGUUUGGCUACCUGGGUGACCGCUACAACAGGAAGUACAUCAUGUGCGCUGGCAUACUCUUCUGGUCGGCUGUUACGCUGGGCAGCUCGUAUAUUCCCAAAGAGCACUUCUGGCUGCUGCUCUUGACCCGCGGCCUGGUGGGAGUCGGUGAGGCCAGCUAUUCCACCAUUGCUCCUACAAUCAUCGCCGACCUCUAUGUAGCUGACCAACGCUCACGCAUGCUGUCCAUCUUCUAUUUCGCCAUUCCUGUGGGCAGUGGCUUGGGCUAUAUCGUGGGAUCCAGCGUCCUAAAGCAGACGAACGACUGGCACUGGGCACUGCGGGUCACCCCAGCCCUUGGCCUGCUGGCAGUGGUGCUUCUGCUGCUCGUCCUGAAGGAGCCAAAGCGAGGAGCAGUAGAGGAGCGCAGCGAGCGCUCAGUGGUGCACACCAGUUGGAUGGAAGACCUCCGGGCUCUGAGCAAGAACACCAGCUUUAUCCUGUCAUCUUUGGGCUUCACCUCCGUGGCCUUCGUCACCGGCUCUCUGGCACUCUGGGCCCCGGCCUUCCUUCUGCGGGCGCGAGUGGUGCUGGGCAAUUUGAAGCCGUGCUUGACAGAGCCUUGCAUUUCAGAUGAUAGCCUCAUUUUCGGGGUGAUCACCUGCGUUACCGGGAUCCUCGGAGUCGGCCUGGGUGUGGAGGUGAGCCGCCGCCUUCGGGUCAAAAACCCUCGUGCUGACCCCCUGGUGUGUGCCACGGGGAUGCUGAUGUCUUCCCCUUUCCUGUUCCUGGCCAUCAUCUGCGCAGAGUCCAGCACUGUCGCCACUUAUGUCUUCAUUUUUCUGGGAGAGACCUUCCUCUCUUUGAACUGGGCGAUCGUGGCGGACAUUUUGCUGUACGUGGUAGUGCCAACACGGAGGUCCACAGCUGAAGCGUUACAGAUAAUCGUCUCCCACCUACUGGGCGAUGCGGGCAGCCCUUAUCUCAUUGGCACGAUCUCCGACUCCAUCCGAAGUCGCUCCCCUGAUUCCUUCCUCUGGCAGUUCAAGUCCCUGCAGUACUCCCUGCUGCUGUGCUCGUUUGUGGCUGUGAUUGGGGGAGGCUUCUUCCUGGCCACCGCGCUCUUCGUGGAGAGAGACCGGACCCUCGCUCAGAACCAGAUGCAGAUGGGUGAUGAGCCCAUCGUUGUCCCAAAGAGAGGCCGGUCGAAGAAGGUUCCAGUGUCCAGCGUCUUGAUAUGAUGGACAGGACUGCUUUGGACAGAAGGAAAGGGAAUGAGCGGCCCAAGUGGCACUUGAUGACGGACACAUUGUUUACUUUUUUUGAUACGUGACAAAAAGGACUUUAGAGGCGGAAAGGGGACCCCCUGGGGUUCCCGUGACCCUCACUGAUGAGUGCCAUUAUGAAUGUUCACAAGCACAAAUCACAGUUUGGUGAGUGGGCCUGGGCAGCUGUGCAGCUGCAUCUCCUGGGGGAGCCGUGCUGCUGGGGGCUUCAAACUUUUGUCUUCUUCUUCUUUUUCGGUUUGAUAAUAAAUUUAUUGUGUCACA